AUGUCCAUCAUGAACUGGUUCGUGAAUGAUGUUUCCGAACGUAUCGCUGCCGACGCAUCUCGUCUGGCCCACUACAACAAACGUUCGACGAUCUCAUCUCGCGAAAUCCAGACUGCCGUCCGACUGAUCCUUCCUGGAGAGCUCGCCAAACACGCCGUUUCCGAGGGCACCAAGGCCGUCACCAAGUACACCUCAAGCAAGUAG